AACAGUGCGGCCGUGCUCUGGGUCAGCCUGCGGGACCGCUGAGCUUCCGCCGGGACCCCACGGCCGCGGCCGGUGCCGCUCAGCCCGGGAUUGCCCCGGUCCCGACGGCGCGGGCGGGAGCGACAGCAGCGGGGCCCCUCCGGGCCCUUCCUGCCUCUCGCCCCCCCCGGCUCCAACAAACGCUCCCCGACACCGCCCUUUAUCCCCGCCUCCUCUCUCCGUCGGCCCCCACUCUCCGGCAGCCCCGGGGGUUCCCCGCGCUCCACCCCAACGGGGCGGGCGUUGCCGCGGGGGCGGCCGCGGGAGGGGCCCGGGCUCCGCCGAGAGGAACCGGGAGCGGCAGCAGCCCGCUGAGCCCCGGCUGAGUCCCGGAGCGGCCAUGCAGCUCCUGCCUCUGCUCGCCUGGGCGCUGCUGCCAGGCUGCGGGGCAGUGACGGGGCCCGGCACCGUGCAGGGAUUCGAGGGAGGUUCCCUCUCGGUCACCUGCACGUACCAGCCGGGCCAGGAGAAGAAGCCGAAGUUCUGGUGCACUCCAGGAACACUUUAUACCUGUGAUGAGUACAUCGUCAUCACCUCGGAGUUGAAGCCUGAGGUGCAGCGGGGCCGGUUCUCCAUCCGGGACGACCGCACACGCCGGGCAUUCACGGUGACCGUGCAUGGUCUGUCCAAGAGGGACGAGGGCACCUUCCGCUGUGGGGUGCGACUGGGAUCAUUCCGGUUUGAUGCCAGUGCUGUUGUGAACGUGACCGUGCUCUCAGCAAGAGUGACCCCCACGUCGCGGGACUGGGGACAGACUGCAGAAGGAGUUGUCACCCUGAGUGUGACAGAGACACGGUGCCCGUCUGGCACCCGCUGCAUCCAUCCUUCCUUCCUCCGCAUCUGCAACCCCGACGCUCUCGUCGGAUGCUCCGCAGGGGACCCGCGGCACUUUCCGCUACUUCCCAGUGCUGGCCGAGCUGCAGCUGCUGGCGCUGCUGGCCAUGAGCGCGGCCGUGCUCUGGGUCAGCCUGCAGGACCGCUGAGCUUCCGCCGGGACCCCACGGCCGCGGCCGGUGCCGCUCAGCCCGGGAUUGCCCCGGUCCCGACGGCGCGGGCGGGAGCGACAGCAGCGGGGCCCCUCCGGGCCCUUCCUGCCUCUCCCCCCCCCCGGCUCCAACAAACGCUCCCCGACACCGCCCCUCGUCCCCCCCUCUCUCGGUCGGCCCCCACGGUCAGGAAGCUCCGAGGUUCCCCGCGCUCCACCCCAACGGGGCGGGCGUUGCCGCGGGGGCGGCCGCGGGAGGGGCCCGGGCUCCGCCGAGAGGAACCGGGAGCGGCAGCAGCCCGCUGA